AUGAACAAUUGCUGUUUCAUUUGCAACACUCGGAAUGGGGUGUCUAUAAGAAAUGCUAGUAAUAUAUUUGGAGAGGAUGUGUCUCUUACUUCAGGCAAAAAGCUUCCGGAUGUGAUAGGUGACAUAGUUGAGAAACAAAUCAAACAAGAUAACAUCCAUGCAAAUAUAAUCUGCAAAAAAUGUCAGAAAGCAGUGGUGGAAUACGACUCUUUACAAGUCAGAUUAAAAGCGAUAAAGGCAGAGCUUCUAGAUCAGUUCAAAAAAAGCUUACCAAAGCACAAUAUAAGCUACGAUACAUACAAUGUGGAAAUACCAAAAUCUAUCCCACUAACUAAAAAGGUGGAAAUGAAGAAAUUAGUGUUGCCAGCGUCCAAAUUACAACCUUUGCCGCCCGAUUUUGUUAUAAAAGGUGGCAAAUGGCCAAUAUCUAGGCCCAGUGUUACUAUACCAAAGUUAAAGCCUGUCAUGACAAUUCCUUCAUCUAAUAUAAACUUAAAAGUAACAGUGGGAUCGUCAGUCCUUACACAAAGCAUAAACACAGUGACAACCAAACAAAAAACAAUACAAAAUCCAACGAUCGAACCAAAAAUUGUUAUGUCAUCAAUAGAAAACAAAGUGGAACAGAAAAAUAUGCCAAUAAUAAUCACAACUUCAACGAAAUCCGAUGAUAUAUUGACUUCGUCGAAUUUAACUUCGACGUUCACUUUGUCUCAACCUGUUUCGUCGAAGUCGAGUUCGAUAUUGAGCUUUAAUGUUAAUUCACUGCCAAAAGAUUUUCUUUCGUCGGCCAUUUUGACGAAAACCGACGAAUAUUGUAUGGAGAAGAUGAAACAGGAGGACUCAUUAGACAAUAGUGAUGUAGAUAAUAAUGAAGAAUCCAUGGAGAUUGACGAAGAGUCUUUGGCAGUGCUUACAUCAAACAGUACUCGUGGAAGAUUGGUCUUAGAAGAACAUAUUAAGAGGGAACAUGCAGAGGGCGUGGAAGUGGGAGUGGGUGUGAUGGAGGGAGAGGGGGAGGGGGACGGGGAGGGCGGUGAGCGCUACGUGGACGUGAGGCUGGUGGGCGCGGCGGGCGAGUGCGUGAUGGGCAAGCUGCAGAUACUGCCCGACGGGGACGGCCGGGACGACUCAACAAUAGUAGUGGAGGGAGAUAACGGGUCUAUCCUACGGGUGGUGUCCGGACAGAAGUUUUUGUACGGGGACAGUGAAAUAUCCCUUGUAAUGCCGGAUGGCUUGGACAAUAACGACACUGGAGAUAGCCAAGACUCAAACGACGAAUCACAAAUAGAGCUGCAAGUGUCAGGCGAUGAAGAAACUGCCAACGCCAUCAUUGCAGCGGCUAAAGAGCAAGGAGGUGCUUUCAUAAAGGUGGAGUCCGGGGAGAUGUACCAAGUGAAGUCCGUUGAGAGUAAGACUGAUGAUGAUGAUACUGUUAAGAAAGUGGACAAUACGUUAGUGGCAUAUGAAGAUGGACAAUUCAGGUGUCUUUUGUGUGAGAAAAAUGAUAAAAAAGAGAGUUCGUUCGCGGGCGACGCGGAGGCGUGCAUGGCGCACCUGAAGGCGGCGCACGCGGCGCGCGCGUACGUCUGCUACUGCGGGCACGUCGUUAGGAAACGGGCCGACUACGUCGCUCAUAUUGAGGAACACGCGCGGAACAACAAGAGUUCGCCAAGUAUUGAUAAGAGUAAAGUGCACGAGUGUAACAUCUGUAAAAAGAAAUAUAGCUCCCGCACGCUGCUGGCGGAGCACCAGAACGUGCACAGCGGCGCGCGGCCGCACGCCUGCGCGCGCUGCGGGAAGGCCUUCGCCUCCAAGUACACCUACCAGUCGCAUCUCAAGACGCAUCUGGUGCGUCCCAGGCCGUUUAAAUGCAACCAAUGCGGCAAAUCAUUCUUCACACUUCAGAAUUUAAAUCAACACGAAAAAACACAUUCAGGUGUUAAAGACUUCAUUUGUAACGUUUGUGGCAAGGCGUUCGGCACACAGCACAACCUGGAAGUGCACGGCGUCGUGCACUCCGGGAACAAGCCGUUCGUGUGCGGCGUCUGCGGGAAGGCCUUCGCGCGGCGCGCCGAGGUGCGGGACCAUAUGAGGAUACAUACUGGCGAGCGGCCGUUCACGUGCGACACGUGCGGCGCGCGCUUCACGCAGCGCUCGAACCUGCACUCGCACCGCCGCGCCACGCACCUCGACGACAAGCGCUACCACUGCGCGCUCUGCCCCAAGCGCUUCAAGCGCAGGCGGCUGCUGGACUACCACGUGAAGGCGGCGCACACCGGCGAGCGCCCGCUGCAGUGCGCGCUGUGCCGCGCCAGCUUCGUCUACCCCGAGCACUACAAGAAGCACGUGCGCAUACACAGCGGCGAGAAGCCCUACACCUGCGAGGUGUGCGGCAAGUCGUUCAACUCGCGCGACAACCGCAACACGCACCGCUUCGUGCACAGCGACCGCAAGCCCUACGAGUGCGUGGUGUGCGGCGCCGGAUACAUGCGCAAGCAGCUGCUCUACCACCACAUGAACACCAGC